AUGAAUAUGCUAAGUAUCCUUUUUAUGGUUAUAUUCUCAUAUUCGAAUGAAAUUGGCGCACAUUGCAAAGUUGUUACUGAAGACGAGUGUACUAUUUGUUCUCAUAAUUAUAUAUUGUCUAAUACCAAAGAGUGUAUCCCAAUUUCGGAUAUCCACUGUUCACAAGUUGAUUAUUCACAUAAAUAUUGCAUGAAAUGUUAUCCUGGCUUCAGACUUUCGAUUGACACAAUGAAGUGCAUUUUUGGAGACGAAUUUUGUGCUCAAUAUUAUGUUAACGAGAAAAAUGUUAUAUCUUGUUCUUCAUGUUUUUUUGAAUUUACUUUAAUUGAUUCUCAAAGAUGUGAGAAUUGUAGUUUUAUUAAUUCUGGAUGUUAUCUGGCGACAGGUGAUUGUUCAAACUGUACACAAUGUGGAACAAACUAUUAUUUAGAUAAUGGAAAAUGCAUUAAACUAAAAAAUUGCAAAAGCAAUGAUGAAAGGGAUACCAAGAGGUGUUUAGAGUGCAUUCCGGGGUAUUACCUAGAUGAAAACACGUAUAUUUGUCACCCAGGAAAUAUAUCCAAAUGUUUAGUGUAUUCUUCAAACACCAAUUGUUUUGUUUGUGAAACUGGAUUGGUGCAGAUUGGGAAUAAAUGUACUAAAAUAGAACAUUGUAUUGAGAGUGAUAUGGAACAGUGUACACAAUGUGAUGAGAAAUAUUCUCUUCAAAACAAUAAAUGUGUAAAGUGUUUGGAUGAUAAUUGUGUUUAUUGUGACACCAAUAUAUCUAAAUGUGAACAUUGUGAAAAAGGUUUUAAUUUGACUCGAGGUGGAGAUUGUGUUUUUUGUAAUUCAUCUGAAGGGUAUCAUUUUUAUAAUGACAAGUGCAUUAGAUGUAAUUAUGAAUGUCAAAAUUGUGAUUUGAGAUAUCCUGAAAUCUGUACUAGUUGUUAUGAUGGUUUUGUUUUGAAUAAUGGAAAAUGUCUCAAAUGUGGAGAUGGGUGCAAAAGAUGUGAUCCAGAAUAUUUGGAAAUGUGUGUAGGAUGUGUCGAACAAUAUGUUAUGUUGAAAGACAGGUGUAUAAAAUGUGAAGGCUCUUGUAGUACAUGUGAUCCCAACAAUUUAUCACAAUGUAUCGAAUGCAUCUCAAAUUAUUAUUUGGAUUUAAAUACCAACAAAUGUAUUUCAUGUGAUGAACUUAUAUGUGAAGGAAGUGACAAGAUGAAAUGUACAUCGUGUUUGAGAAAAUGUCGGGAAAUAGAUGAACCUUAUUUUAAGUGUAUCAACAUUUCAUGUGUAGAGUAUGAUACUUCUCGAAGUGUUUGUACUGAUUGUGCCGAUUCGUAUUAUCUUGAUGACAGCUAUCGAUGUGUUAAAUGUGCUGAUAUUUGCGACACCCAAAAUGGAUGUGUAAAAACGAAAGACACGUGUAUUAAUCCACAUAGAAUUAACAACUGUGCGAUUGAAACAGAAGACAAAAAGUGCAAAUAUUGUGCAGAACAUUAUGUAAAAAAAGGCGAAACACAAUGUGUUUUUGAAGCGUACUGUUAUUCUUUUAAUGAUGACUGUGAAUGUACCUCCUGUUUUGACGAAGUGAAUGGUUCUGUUUACUUGUAUGUUCCAUACGACAAUGGCAGAUGCAAAACGGAUUCCACAUAUGGGCAAACGAUUACAAUGGUGUUACUAUUUCUCCUUCUAUUAUAA